CAGGGCGCGGGUCCCGGAGGUGGGCGGGGGUCCCGGCCCGCGGCCCGCGCCCGCUGGGGCUGGGUAGGUGGGCUCGGCGCCUGGCGCGCUGUGUGCCCUCGGCCGCGCCCGCGCCCUCUCUGAGCCCAGGGCCCCGCGUACCGGCCCUGGGAGCGCCGGCACCGAACUCGGCCCUUAGUGAGCGCCGGCGCCGGCUCCUGCUGCUGUUCGUUAUCUUACCCGCCCGGUUCCUUCUCUUCCCUGUGCAAUAGGGACCAAGCAGAUCUGCUUCCUGGAGGAAGCGGCAGUGGGUUCUCUUGCCCGCUGUUGGUUCUGUUCUGCAGCUACCGGAGUGGAAAGUCUGGAAGGAAAAGCAGGACCUGUUCAGAAUCCUCUGAGCACGAUGCCCCGUCUCCACGUGGUGCCAGCGUGAGGGGUCUGAAGGCGGAGCCGCCGUCCGCCGCCACAAUGGUGAAGGCUCGACUCUUGCGGCUGUGGCUGGCCGUGGGGUUCGCCGCCACGAUCCUGAUCAUCAUCGUCUACUGGGACAGCGUGGGCACCGCCCACUUCUACCUGCACACGGCCCUCUCCCGGCCGCACCUGCCGGGGCUGCCACCCACGCCUGGGCGGGCCGGGGACAGGGGGCUCACGACGGACCUCGAUGAGUUCCUGGACAAGCUGCUCAGCUCCGGCAUGAAGCAGAAGCCCGAGCGGCCCCGUCCGCCAGCCUCCACCAGGCCCAUGCCAGGCAAGCUGGAGGAGAACGUGAGGGGCUACGACUGGUCCGCACACGAUGCCAAGCAGGGCGUAGAUCAGGGCCGGCUGCAGGCUGAGCGGCGGCGCGUGCUGCGCGAGUUCUGCGCCAACUCCAGCCUCGUCUUCCCCACCAAGGAGCGCUCCUUCGACGACAUCCCCAACCACGAGCUGAACCACCUCAUCGUGGACGACCGGCACGGGGCCAUCUACUGCUACGUGCCCAAGGCCGCCUGCACCAACUGGAAGCGCGUGAUGAUCGUGCUCAGCGAGAGCCUCCUGCGGCAGGGCGCCCCGUACCGCAACCCGCUCGACAUCCCCCGGGAGCACGUGCACAACUCCAGCACCCACCUGACCUUCAACAAGUUCUGGCGCCGCUACGGGAAGUUCUCCCGCCACCUCAUGAAGGUCAAGCUGAAGAAGUACACCAAGUUCCUGUUCGUGCGGGACCCCUUCGUCCGCCUCAUCUCCGCCUUCCGCAGCAAGUUCGAGCUGGAGAACGAGGAGUUCUACCGGAAGUUCGCCGUCCCCAUGCUGAGGAUGUACUCCAACCACACCCGCCUGCCCGCCUCGGUCAGCGAGGCCUUUGGCGCGGGCCUGCGCGUGUCCUUCGCCAACUUCAUCCAGUACCUGCUGGACCCCCACACCGAGACGCUGGCCCCCUUCAACGAGCACUGGAGGCAGGUGUACCGCCUCUGCCACCCCUGCCAGAUAGACUACGACUUCGUGGGGAAGCUGGAGACGCUGGACGAGGACGCGGCCCAGCUCCUGCGGCUGCUCAAGGUGGACCAGCUCCUCCACUUCCCCCCGAGCUACCGGAACAGAACUGCCAGCAGCUGGGAGGAGGACUGGUUCGCCAAAAUCCCCCUGGCGUGGAGGCAGCAGCUUUACAAACUCUACGAAGCAGAUUUCGUUCUCUUCGGCUACCCCAAGCCUGAAAACCUGCUUAGAGACUAAACACAUUAGGGGAAAUCCCAAACGCCAAAAAAAAUACUCGUAUUAUUACCUGGAAACUAAAUUAAGGGUCUGCUGUAUCAUGACCAUCUUCCCAAAGAUGGAACAAUUGGUUAUCACGUUUAUUUUUUUAUGCCUUCCGUUUCCUUCCCAGUUUGACGCUUUGCAAAAUUCCACGACAUUCUCGGCAGUGAGGCAGCAGGAAGCGUGGAGAUGGCAACACCUACUCUGUUGUUUUUAAAAACCUACGAUUUUGCAAUCUGGACUGUUUACUCCGCUGCCUGCGCUCACUGAGUACUGUGUCCACAUUGUUUUCUAAGAUUAAUAUAUUUCAGAUAUUUAAUAUGCGAUGUGGAGAAGGAAAUAGGGAGUAAAAGGUUGCGUCUGCUC